GCCGGGGUCCUCGGGAGUGGGAGGGUCCGGCGCGCAGCUGCGGGGCGCGGCCCUGGGUUUCCAGCCGCGGGCAGGCAGGUGACGGGCGCGGGGUCGCCGUACUGCACCCCACGCGUCCGAUUCGUGGGCCUGCUGGUGCCGGAAGGUCGGAGGUUCAGGUUGUAACCGACGUACUGGAGAGUUCUGGGUUAAGCGGGGGUCGUAACGCGAACACGGACGUCUCUUCUGGUUCUGCGCGAAGUACUAGGCUGGGAGCCAGCAGCCCCUCGGCUCAUCGACCACGUGCGGGCCGCGUGUGAGCGAGCUCACAGGUGUGCAGUGUAAAGGGGCGGCUCGAGGCCGGUCAGUCCCGCCCCAGCAGCCUGGCUGCAGGCAGGGGCUGUGGUGGCAGCAUUCAGAAAACCCGAGGGUCAAAUCUGGGGCUGGGCGACUGGAAGACCUUCCGCCUGGGGUGUUUGCUGAUGUCAGGGUGAGGGGGCAGGUCUCAGAAUCUGGGGCGUGGGAGGUGCUUGGCGACCCCUCGGUGAGUGAGCCUUGAAGAGCGCCUGGCACUGAGGUCCUCUGCCCUCCUCCCUUCCGGCUAGAGGCUGGAAACCUGGCAGGCGUCCAACACAUCAUCCUCGUGCUCUCAGGAAAGGGGGGGGUCGGGAAAAGCACCAUCUCCACGGAGCUGGCCUUGGCCCUGCGCCAUGCAGGCAAGAAGGUGGGGAUCCUCGACGUGGACCUGUGUGGUCCCAGCAUCCCCCGCAUGCUUCGGGCACAGGGCAGGGCCGUGCACCAGUGUGACGGCGGCUGGGUGCCCGUCUAUGUGGACCAGGAGCAGAGCAUCUGCCUCAUGUCCGUGGGCUUUCUGCUGGAGAACCCUGACGAGGCCGUGGUGUGGAGGGGGCCCAAGAAGAAUGCGCUGAUAAAGCAGUUCGUGUCGGACGUGGCCUGGGGGCAGCUGGACUACCUGGUUGUAGACACGCCACCGGGGACGUCUGAUGAGCACAUGGCCACCGUGGACGCCCUGCGUCCCUACGGUCCCCUGGGGGCCCUCGUGGUCACCACACCCCAGGCGGUGUCCGUGGGGGACGUGCGGCGGGAGCUGACCUUCUGUAGGAAAACGGGGCUGCGGGUGCUCGGGGUGGUGGAGAACAUGAGCGGUUUCGUCUGCCCACACUGCGCGGAGUGCACCAGCAUCUUCUCCCGGGGAGGCGGGGAGGAGCUGGCCAGUCACGCCGGAGUCCCCUUCCUGGGCUCUGUGCCCCUGGACCCAGAGCUCACUAAGAGCCUAGAGGAGGGUCGAGACUUCAUCCGGGAAUUUCCUGAGAGCCCAGCCUUCCCUGCGCUCCUGUCUAUAGCCCAGAAAGUUCUGACCGAGGCGCCUGCUCGCGUCCCCUGAUCGAACCCUCCCCCCACCACGGGCCUCCUGGCCGAGUGUAUGCAGACCCAAGCAGAAGGGUGUGGGGCCAGCAUUCCCUCCCUCAGCCCUGCCCCUGGACCCAGUCCGGUGCUGCCGUAGCAUCUGGACAGCAGAGCGGCUGACAGUGAGUGGUUCCCCCAGGUUGGCCCGUGGCAGGGCCCAGGGGGACGUGUGGGGUCCCGGUGGCCUGAGCUCUCCCUGGCUGGCACGUUCCCACUUGGUCUCACGGUGCUCAAACGGCAGCCGUCUCCCCCUGGGCCCCAAAGCCCACGUGCCUGGAAAAUCGUUGGGGCCUCUGCUGUCCUCGGGACUCCUGUGACAGAAGGGGGGUGGUGACAGAAGAGAGCGUGCCGUGAGGUGUUAAGCUUGUCGCUUCAAAGGAACCCACAAUUAAAUGUUCUCCCCUCCACCCCUCA